GAGAGUUUAAGAGUAAAGAUUAAGAAGAGGCAAACAAGUGAUCAAGAAAGUUGUCUGAAAGAAAAGAGUAAAGAUUAGGGAGCGAGUUCUGUGCAGCGUGGCUCCUGCAGGUUGUUUUUCAGUAGUGUAUUUUUAUCUGUAGUGACCGUGCAGGCAGUUUGACAGCUAUGGCGGAUACAGGUGUCCAGAAGGAGCACACAGCCCAAGCAGAAGUUUCUUACGAUGAUGACGAGGUAGCUCUGGUGAGUGCCGCCACAGAGCCUGCAGUAGAUGAUGAUGACCCUGCUGAGGAGGUGGACCUGCUGCUGGCUACUGGCCCUGGAGGCAAGAGUGAGGCGCAGAUGAACGGGGUCAUGGUCCUGUCUCUGCUGGACAAGAUUAUUGGGGUGGUAGACCAGAUCCAGCAGACCCAGAAUGGGCUCGAGGCCCGGCAAGAGGCCAUGGAGAAGUCAGUGUCAACCAUCCAAGGGGAGCUGGCUAAGUUGUCCAAGAACCAUGUCGGCACAGCCAAUACUGUCAACAAAAUGCUGGAAAAGGUACGCAAGGUCAGCGUCAACGUCAAGACGGUGCGCAGCAACCUGGAGAAGCAGGCGGGCCAGAUCAAGAAGCUGGAGAGCAACGAAAACGAGCUGCUCAAGAGACGCAACUUCAAAGUCCUCAUCUACCAGGACAAAGUGAAGCCACCGAAGACAUCCAAAUCGAAGACAGGAGAGACAGUAGUGGAAGGCAAAGCAGUGGAGGGCCUUGAGGAGAUACCCGAGGGACAAGAGGGACAUGCAGACAAUCUCAAUUCAGAUGAGGAGGUGGAGAUCGAGGAGAUUAUCGAGGAGUCUCGUACCAAGCGCCUCCAACGCACCACCAAGCAGCAAGUGGACAACAUAAAGAAAGCCUUCUCAAAAGAGAAAAUGGAGAAGACCAAAGUAAAGACAAAGGAGAACUUGGAGAAGACCAAGCAGAGAACCCGCGAGAACCUGGAGAAGACGAGACAGAAAACCCGUGACAACCUGGCGAAAACCAAGCACAGCCUGGAGAAGAAGAUGGGCAAGCUCGGGACCCGCAUGACCCCCAACAUGGAGCGCAGGGCGAAGAUGAAGAGCACAAAAGAAAAGGCGAAGAAGUCCCUCACUCCUGACCACACGGUCUACGCUCGCUCCAAGACCAGCGUGUACCGGGUGCCCCCUUUCACCUUCCACGUGAAGAAGAUCCGAGAAGGGGAGGAGGAGGUGGUGAUGCAGAACACAGAGAUGGAGGAGGUGGCCGAGGCGGAGGAUCAGUCAGGAGGCGAGGAGAACGGGCUGGAUGUGCACGUGGAGGUGGAGGAAGGAGAGCUGGUGAAUGUAGACAGCCCAGAGAUGGAGGCUCUGUUGGAGGUGACUGAGGACUCUCCGCUGGUCAGUGUGGAGCCAGACCACCUAAAGAAGGCCCAAAGCGAGUAGAGCGUCCCAGCUCUGCAGGGCUGUGUAGAAGCUAGAGAUAAAGGAUGAAGAGGGGAACGGAGUCUAAUGAUGAGGACACAAUAUUAGAUGUAGGGACUUUCUAGACGUGAUCGCAAUAUAUGACAUCUCAUUUGUUGUUUGUUCUCUUUUUAUUAUACCCAACAGGGAUGAUUUUCAUAUUUGCUCAUCUUUAAAAAACAAAUAAGAAAAACAAAAAAAAAAGCUAGCUUUUUGAAACAUGCUGCAGGCUGACUGACUGGCUAUCCUAGACUUGUACGUUUAGGCUACUUGCUGUUUGUUGUUGGUUUGAUAAAUUGAAUGGCUAUAAUAAUUUUCAAAAAAAGGUAUAAAUAGUUUUUGCUAUGGAGCUGUAAUGUAUAAUCUAAUGUUUCCCAUGUAUGUUAUGCACAUUUUUAGGUGUGGUUACAGGAAGUUGAUGGCAGGAUUUAUGCUUUAAUCGAUGGUUUAAGUGAUGUAAUGUGCACGAGGGAAACAAAAAAAUAAACAAGAAGGAAAGGUGUAGGCCUUCCCAGUAGAAGAAAGGAGGAGAAGGAGACAAGUGGUCAGAAAAUCCUCUCCUCAACUAAAGAGUUUACAAAUAUCUUACCCAUGAUAUGCAAAAAGCAUUACGUCAUACAGGUUAUUUACUGCCAGUGACACAGCUAUUGUGCCUAAUGUUACAAUAUAAUGUAAAUGCCUGUAAAUGGAAGGGUAAUGUCAAAUAAAGUAUGCUGGGAACACUGACAAAAUCAAAAUAUUUAAACUAUCACAGAUAGCACCAUGUAUAACCAGUUGAAGUUACUGUUGUGAACAAUCGUUUUAAGAUCAAAUAUUUUACCUUUUUGAAGACAAAGCUGCAGGUCAUAUCCUGUAUCCACAUGUCUGUGCUUUGAUAAGGAUCAUGAAGUCUGAAAAGAAUCAUAGUUGGCCACUGAGUUUUAAGUUUCAAUAUAUUAUGUUUCAAAAUGUCUCUUUCUGGGUCACUCAAUCAAAAAAUCAGCUAGAAAAUGAAUUCAAAUCAAAUGUGGAAUGUAGUGUUUUGUAUCUUCACAGUGCAUUGCUUGAUUAUCAUUCACUGUAAUGUUUUCAUGUAUGCUCACUAUGCUAUAUUUGUUACAUCUAGCCUUGUUGUACUCACAAACUUGCACACCUCUGCACAGAGGAGAAGAAAAACGGCUGUGUCACCACAGCUCAUCACAGUACAUUUUCCCAUCCCUAUUACAUUUUGAGAAGGUAAUUGCAGACAUAAAAGUGACGGUCUGAAGAGCGAGAUGACAGUUUAAUGACUGACUACAUGGAGAUGAAAAUGUCAUCCUAAAUGCGGUAGACAGUGCACUUCCAAAUAUAAUUAAUGUCAUGGCACUUUAAUAAAUGGCAGAAUAUCAUGA